AUGCCGAGAGCUCGACGUAGAUGGACACCCGAGGAGGAUGCUGUGUUGAAAAAGGCCGUUACAGCUGUGACGGAGCAGUCUCGACCAAUUAUGUGGCGUGAGCUUGCCAAACUGGUUCCCGGCCGAUCGAAUAAAGAUUGCCGUCGGCGCUGGUGGAAUACCUUGGGUGGUGGUACUGCCAAGGGACUGUGGUCGGAGGAGGAGGACAGGCUGCUUACCGAGGCAGUGAGCAAGCACGGCACAGACUGGCGUAGGGUUGCACGCGAGGUGGUGUCACGAACACCCGAUCAAUGCUCCAGCCACUGGAGCCAAGUGCUAGAUCCGGAUAUCAACCACUGUGACUGGACUGACAGCGAGGAUGAGCGGCUGCUACACGAAGUCCUUACAAACAGCACCAACUGGUCCGUUAUAGCGACAACCCACGACCCCCGAAGGACAACACUAUCCCUAAAAAACCGAUACGCGACCUUGCGUUUGAGAUAUGAAAAGAACGCCACUGGGAAGCAGACAGCACAGGAGCCGGGAGAAUCGAGUCAGGAUCUGAUGGACCAGGUGGACGAUGAAGAAGACCGGGGCGAUAGUGGGCAGAACGACGAGAGCGGAGAUGAGUACAAUUACGACGACGUUCCAGAUCUUCCCCCUAUAACAGGCUCCAGCUCUAGCGAUCCGUCAAUGCUUCCUGCAACGCCGUUGGAUUGGAUGGAUAUAUUCAAUCAAACUGGGGAGCUUCCAUCCGCUCCGCUUACCAUCACUGCAGUGCCAGGGGGAGGAUUAGCGACGCACUUUGACCUGGGAGCAAUAUCUGGAGAGAUGGGAAACAGUCCGCUUCUAGAGUCUUAUGGUGACCCCGUGGACCCUAUGGCUGGAAUAUCAAUGGAUAAAAGCGUGAUGGGCACAGGAACUAGUUUCUCAAAAUCUACUGUAACAAGUGAUUCGAGCACUUAUCAGGUGUCAGCUGACAUAGUUUGCAAUGGCUCGCAGUUGGAAGGUAUUAUCAGGACUGUAAUACAGACGGGCGCGGUUCUGAAUGUACAGAUUAAGCCUAGAUAG